AUGGCUAGCAACGAGCGGCUCAGUGCCUCGGGUCCUGUUGACCCCAGUUUCCGCGGGGCACCAGGUCCUCCAGCGGGCCCCGUCCUCACCGCGGUCCCCUCUCUCUGCCACCCCCUGCAGCAGCGGCCCCUGAAGCCGACCCUGGGGAGCUCCCUGUGCCGCGAGUCGCACUGGAAGUGCCUGCUGCUCACGCUGCUCAUCCACGCCUGCGGGGCCGUGGUGGCCUGGUGCCGCCUGACCACCGUGCCGCGGCUGGUGCUGGGCCCUGAGGCGGCCUUGGCGCGCGGGGCCGGGGGCCCACCCCCCACCUACCCGGCCAGCCCCUGCUCCGAUGGCUACCUGUACAUCCCGCUGGCCUUCGUCUCCCUCCUCUACCUCCUCUACCUGGCCGAGUGCUGGCACUGCCACGUGCGGUCGUGCCAGGCGCCGCGCACCGACGCGGGCACGGUGCUGGCGCUGAUCCGCCGGCUGCAGCAGGCGCCGCCGUGCGUGUGGUGGAAGGCCACGAGCUACCACUACGUGCGGCGCACGCGCCAGAUCACGCGCUACCGCAACGGCGACGCCUACACUACCACGCAGGUGUACCACGAGCGCGCCGACAGCCGCACGGCGCGCGGCGAGUUCGACUACUCGGCGCACGGCGUCCGCGACGUGUCCAAGGAGCUGGUGGGGCUGGCGGAGCACGCGGCCACGCGGCUGCGCUUCACCAAGUGCUUCAGCUUCGGCAGCGCCGAGGCCGAGGCGUCGUACCUCACGCAGCGCGCGCGCUUCUUCGGCGCCCACGAGGGCCUGGACGACUACCUGGAGGCGCGCGAGGGCAUGCACCUGAAGGACGUGGACUUCCGCGAGUCGCUGCUGGUCUUCGCCGACCCGCGCCGGCCGCCGUGGUACGCGCGCGCCUGGGUCUUCUGGCUCGUGCCGGGCGUCUUCCGCAGCCUGAGUGGGGGCCCGCUGGGCCGCCGCGGGGAGGACACGGAGCCCCUGGAAAGCCCCCCGUGCUACGAGGACGCCCUCUACUUCCCCGUGCUCAUCGUCCACGGGGACAGCGGCUGCCGGGGGGACGGGCAGGGCGCGCGCUGA